GUCGAUCCUGGGGUCUAUGAUCAGCGAGAGCGAAUCACAAGCUCGACAGUCGGGUCUUGUUGCGCCUGGGCAGUCAGGGGCGACGGACUCGCGGUUAAGCGAAUUCUACGAGGCUUACUACCGCAACUCGCAUGUUGGGCCGGCGCAGUCUGUUGAGACGAUGCAACACACUCUGGACAGACGAUCGGUCAUUAUCGAAGUCGACACGCCCUUGGCGUCGCCCAUGGUUUCUGGGCAACCCGGGACUGCGUUUUGAGAUUGAUGGAUAUAUGCACGCCAGUGUCAGUAGCAAGACAUGGUCGGAGCUAUGGCUGCAAGACAACAUGGGCCUCGGAUGGACCCAGGAUGCUUUCUCUUUUCUUCUUCUUCAACUGGGACGGUUGAACUCUGGAUAUUCAUGCGGUUGGGAAAAUGUGAACUUGGGGUUGGGACUGGCGGGAAAAAAAGAUAGGGUGACGAGUGUUAUGUCUACUUUCUAGGCAAAAGGGUUUUAUUCACCACGACACGACACGGGGGAAAUUCUGGUUACUAUUCUCUUCGGAUUGCGUAUUACACAUUUACUUUAGGCUGGUUUGUACAGGUCAUGGUUGGUGUUUAGUUGGUAAUGUGUGUAUUAGUAUCGAUAAGUAAUCGGAUGGGGUGCUUCACAGGAUGCACUGUAGCAGCCUGGUAACAUCAAAACUCGACCGU